UUAACUUAGCUUUCUUUACUAUCAAGCUUAGAACCCUCCAUCCCCCCCUUUCAUAUACUACACCUAAUUUUAAACCUUCCCAUAGCCACCUCAUUGCAAGACCUCUAAACAAAUCCUUGACCUCUUAGUUACUUCACCUCUUUCUCCCAUAUCAUGUCGACCUACUCCGACUCUGACGAUGACUCGGUACCUCCGUCGAAGCUCUUCGGCCGCCGCCGCCCAAUUCAUGAAAUUUUUGGAGGAGGGAGAGUUGCGGACAUAUUGUUAUGGAAAGACACGAAGUUGUCGGCUGGAUUGCUGUUGGGAAUGACAGUUUUAUGGUUUUUGUUUGAGGUUGUUGAAUACAACUUUGUCACUCUCAUUUGCCACCUCUCUAUCACCUCCAUGCUCAUCUUCUUCAUUUGGUGCACUGGUGCUGAAUUUUUCAAAUGGAAUCCUCCACGGUUUCCAGAAGCAAUAUUAAAAGAAUCAACAUUCAAAGAAGUUGCUUCCACUUUCCACAAAAGAAUCAAUCAGUUCUUAACCAAGAUUUUCGAUAUCGCUUAUGGAAAAGAUCUCCCACUCUUCUUUCUGGCAAUUGUUUCCCUGUAUCUUUUGUCAGUGAUUGGAUCGUAUUUUAGCUUUCUCAAUCUCCUUUAUUUCGGAUUUGUGGCAUUGGAAACUUUGCCAUUUCUGUAUGAAAAGUAUGAAGAAGAGGUUGAUCAGUUUGCUGGGAAGGCCAUUUCUCAAACCAAGAAAUCUUACAGAAAUUUUGAUGCCAAAUUCCUCAACAAGAUCCCAAGAGGACCUGUCAAAGACAAGAAACUCAGAUAAUUUAAUUAAUUUGCUUCAAAUAUAUAUUUAUAUAUGUAUGUAUACUUUGUUAUUAUUUAUAUAAAUCAUAUUAAUUAAUAAUGUCUUUUCA